CUUGUAUUUCUCAAAAAGUUUCUUAAAAAUAUUGCAAAAUGAUUCAGGAAUCUUUGUGAAAGGUUCUGAUUUAACAUUUAGAACUCCAGAAUAUAUAGGAUGGUCAAAUCUAAGGCUUUCAAUAUCAACUUCUUCUAAUUCUGUAUCAAUUCUUUUCUAUGUAAUUUUUCAUAACCAGAACUAUUAUUUACAACUCAUCCAACAUCACGUUUUAAAAGCUGUAGAUUUACAUUAG